AUGGAUAGUGUAUUAAAAUCGAGAGGUAAUCUAGAUAUUUCAACUAUAAGAUUGGUUUUAAAUCAUCUUGGUUUGGAUGAGCAACAACAGCAACAACAACAGGAUGAUAUGACACAAUCACAGAUAUUACAGUCACAACAAUCACAAUCAUCAAUAAGAUCAAACGAUAAUAGUGAUACCAAUGAUGAAAGUGGUAAUGAAGAGAUGGAAGAAGAUGAGGAAGAAGAAGAACAAUAUGAAGAUGCAAUGUCAACUUCACCAACCAUUGUUUCAACUUCGCCUUCGCCUUCACCAUCACCCUCUCCUUCGCCAUCGCAACACAAUAAAACAUCGAGUUGGUUAGAUCAAUUGUCGGUUGCUAUCACUGCCGAUGGAUCGAUGAUGGUCGUUGGUGGCGGUGGAACUGGCGGUGUCGGAACGGGACUAGCGAUUGUCCUAGUGAAAAGAGCACAUGAUCAAUCACAAUGGAGAACUUCUAUUACAUUGGAUCAUCAAUCAGGUCAAAUUGAUAGAAUUACAGCUAUUUCAAUAUUAACACUUUCAAAUCCACAAUUGGAACAAGCGAUUGCCAUUGGCUAUACAUCUGGACAUCUCAGAAUAUUCUCACUCCACGGUAAUCUCUUACUCUCCCAAUUGUUUCACAAAGCACCCAUUCAAAAGAUUAAAGUUAAAAUGACACCGAUUCUCACUUCAAGUCAAGAGAGAUAUGUAAUGCAAGAAGUUAGUAUAUUGUAUCCAGGUAAUAUUGUUGCUUCGAUGGCUGGCGGUAGUCUGAGUGGUGUUUUGGCGGUGUGCUAUCAGCAGGUGCAACGCGGUGACACUGCAUCGGCAGCACAAACCAAGCUGGAUUUCAGAAAGUGGUCACUCGGUUCUAUCGAUGUGGCCAACGAUUUCAGUUUUGCCGGGCCAUUCUUGGGAUCGCCAUUCCGUGCUCUUCCGUAUGGAACCAGUGAGCAUGCCAUGACGCGACUAAUAGUCGCGGGAUCGGACCCGAUGCUCGCAUACUACUAUCCGUCGGAUGACAGCGGUAGUUCUUUCACUGUUGCAGUGGCACUGGUAUCUUCGGUUGCCGCUAAGCUUACGAACGCCGUCUAUUCAUUCGCCAAGAAUUGGUGGGGUGGAAGUCAACAAUCACAACAGCAGCAACAGCAGCAACAACAAGAAGCCAACGCAAAACAACAGGAAUCAAAGAUUGAGAAUCCAUCUCCGCUGCAAGUAAGAUGGUCGUUAAUCGAUGAGAAGCGAGAACUAAAGAGUUUGUUGAUGGAUCCAAGUGGUCGGUACGCAGUUGCCACCGAUAAUCUAGGUCGUGUACUAUUAGUUGACAUUGUAAAUAGUUUGAUUGUUAGAAUGUGGAAAGGUUAUCGUGAUUGUCAAUGUGGUUGGAUAAAUCAAUUAUCAAAUGAAGAUGAUGAUGAUGAAGAAGAAGAAGAGGAUAGUAAUGAUAAUAAUGUAGAUAAAGAUAAUAAUAGUAGUAAUAGUAAUAAUAAUGAUAGUUUUAUGACAUUGGAAGAUUUCAUACCAGCGAAAAUGAUGAAAAAGAAAGUUGGUGUAAAUCAUUAUAGAACUUAUUUAGCAAUUUAUAUUGGUAGAAGAGGUUAUCUAGAGGUUUGGGGAAUGAAACAUAAAUCAAGAGUCGUAUUUGAAAAGGUUGGAAUGGGAUGUAGGUUGAUUUCCACUUCCGUGCCUGGAAAGAGACCACCUAUCCAACAAGGUCAAACUCAACUAUCUAGCCCACAAAACUAUCAAUCACGUUGUUAUCUAAUCAAUCAAGAUGGUAAUCUCAAUGAAAUUAUUGUACAUAAAUAA